AAAGAGUUCCGCGGACGUGUUAAAGGGAAAGGGGUGGUCGUGUCUCGUCUUAUUUUUCCACAUAUGGAUUCAUUUUAACGUCAGAUAGGUCGAAAAACUAGGGAGAUGGUGGUCACAGAUUCAUUAUACAGUCUCUACCUCCGUGCCCAGGAGAAGUACAAUGAAGGCUGUAACGAUUUUGAGGAGCACUUUACGUGGCUCGAGGAGGUUGUGUCAGCAGCUUGCGAUACGUUUGCCACAACCGAUCCCUCUCUCUUGCCAAAGACACCGGGGGUAAGAAGGACAAAGAAAAGGGCACUUCAGCCAGCGUUAACAGAUAUUUCAGAAUCUCCUCCAUCAAAAAGGGUAUCCACUGAAGAUGCCAAUAAUAAGGAUAAUGCCACAACUCCAACAGAAGCGCCUGCCAGAAAGGGAAGGGCAGCUGCAAGGGUGGCGCAGUCAAAGACCAGGCAAUAUGUACAGCAGUCUAUCAAGUUCAAACUAAGGCGUCCUUCGACACCAGAGGACCCCAGAAGGAAUAAGACCACACCCUCUUCAAGUGAUUGUGCAAAUUCAGCCAGAAAGAUCAGGUCUCGCAUACAAGAAACACCAGAGGGCCCAUCUACCCCAGUCAGAGCUGAACAAAAGAGCCAGGCCAAGGUGGAAGUUACACCUGAUACUGAAUCCAAAACAAAUAUAACCAAACCUGAGACACCACUACGUGAUAGCCUGAAAGAGACUCAUGAGGGUAACAGGAGAAGUAGUUCUGAUGUCAGAUUAAAAGAGGAAGAGGAAGAGAAGGCUGAUAUGAACUUACAGCUGAAUCUGUCUGAAAAUGAAGAUGAAAAUGAAGUGGAGCAGGAUGUGAAUGUGCCAGAGUGCACACAGUAUGACCUCAGGCUUGAGGACAGUGAAGAAAACAAGAGCGAAGAGGAUGUGUUUGAGAGCAUGGAAACUGACAUUAGAGAUGAUAAACCAUCUGUUCAGGAUGUUGCUGAUUGUAUGGUAUCCAGUGUUAUAACCACAAAAAGCAAAAACACAGCUGAAGAAAAUUCAACUACCACGUCCAAGUCUCCUGUAGAGGCAGCUCCUGCUCCCAAGGCUCGUUCAACUCGCACAAAGCAGAAGGCAUUGCCAUCAACAUCUGAAGAAAGCGAAGGAAGCCAAACAACAUCCAGUUCAAAUGUUUCUCAAUAUCCUGUACCAAAACCGCGUUCCACCCGAACCAAGCAGAAGAAAGAAGUCCAGCUAGGUAGCAGUUCAGAUGAAACCAAUGUCCAAAUGCAGCCACCAAAGGAGAUGCCUAAACAGAGAACAACACGCACCAAAACUAGAGCUAGAGAAGCCAUGACAUCAGAGAGUGAUAAGGAAACUUUAGAAAUCCAUUUAUCCACUGAGGAAGAGGUGCCUGUCCCGAGUCCAGACAGCAAGAAAAAGGAAGAUUUUUCCAAGCACAUCUCACAGACAAAGCCAAAACAGACCGAAAUUAUGAAAGAGGAGAGAGAAUUAGCAGACUCUCCAAAGCCGAGGUCUACCAGGACAAAGAAGCGCCAGGUGAAUGAGUCCCCAGCCAAGCAGCCGAGCAGAACUACAAGGACAAAGCGCAGGAAGUUUGAGGAGAGUGAGAAUGAAGUCCCAGCACCUGAGAAUAAAAGCCUGGUCCUCACACUGUCAGACUCUGAAGAGGAGGAGGUUCAGAAUGCUACAUAUAUUAAGGAAGACCAGGCUCCAAAGACCUCGAAACGCGACCACUCUGUGGAGUCCAUUUCUUCAGAGGCAUCAGUGAAAUCUUCUGCCUCCACUGCUUCCUUUGCUUCAGCACAAUCAACUAACUCUGUUGUAAAUGAGAAGCCAAGUGCUCGUGCUCAUGGAGGGCAAGGCCAGAGGGUAACUCGCUCCAAGGUGAGGCAGCUGCCCAACUUGUGUGGGAGCCCCAAAAAUACCACUGUCAAGAAAGGAAUGUCUCCUGCCAAGAGCAAUCCAGCUGGAACUCCAGGGAAGACGAACUUCACCAGAGGAUGCUGCACUCCAAAGUCUGAAAGUGGAACACCAAAGGGUAUGCGACUGCAUCAGGUUGAACCUCAUGCCAGAAGUCCUGUGAAAUACUCCCCUCGACCUUUUGCCAGCAAAAAAACAGCAGCUUCUGUGCGAGACAUGGCAACUGCUUAUCAGAAUUAUGUUGGGGAAACACUUAAUGAAACGGAGGAGAUUGUGGCCACACCAGUGCGAGUUACUCGUCACUCUAAUGGAAAUGGCAGGCGAGAGAGUUCUACUGCAAAGGCUGCUCGUAAGAGCCUCAAGCGUGCCUUAGAAGUAGCAAGGGCGGCUGAACUCAGAAAGAAAGAAAUCCAGGAGGAUGAUGAGACGCCAGAUUCCAGAGGCCCAAGAAUAAACCCCGCCCGGACACCAUCACCACACUGUCCUCCUGAAAAGGUUAUCCGACCCAAAACCGGAAGUAUACAUAGUGGCAGCUCGAAUUAUGGAAGCUCGGGCAGAGUAACCCCCAAAACAUUCUCUAGAAUUAGGCCUAUGCUAGCCUCUUCAAAUGAAUAUGCAAAGGUUCAGAAGAAGGUCUGGACCCCGACCGAGGGCAACCGUACAAGGGCCAUCAUGACCUCAGGCACGCCAAACGAGGCCAAACGUAUCAAGAACAUCGCCAGCGUGUCAACCUUCAUCAAGGUGGCGCCCUCCAAGCCGUCACGUGAGGAGAUGGAAGAGAAGAAGCAUAUGGAACUCUUAAGGAAGAGGGAGAGGGAGGAGGAGUCCAGGAGGAAGAAGGAAGAGCUCCUGAAAUCUAAGGCCGAGGACCAGAAGAGGCGCAACGAAGAGAGAAUGCGUCGUGUACAGGAAGCUAGAGAGGAAAAGGAGAGAAAGGCUGUUGAAGCCAAGGAGCAGCAGGAACGCGAAAGGAAGCUGCGAGAAGAGAGGUUGAAAGAGGAGCAGCAGCGCAAGAAGCAGCAGCUCCUGGCCAAGAAACGCGCUGAAGAGGAGGCCAGGAACCGCAAGAUAAGAGAACAGAUGGAGGAGGAAGAGAGGAGGAGACAGCAAGAGGAGGAAAGGAGAAUAGAAGAAGAAAGGAAAAUGGAGGAGGCAAGGAAAGCUGAAGAAGAAAGACGUGCUCAACUUGCUGAGCAAAAACGUUUGCAAGAAGAAGAGAAGAGGAGACGAAUUGCAGAAGCAGAACGUAUUCUUAGGGAACGCAAGGAGAUGGAGAAUCUGAGGUUACGUGAAGCAGAGAGAAUUGCUCAAAUGAAAAUGGCUGCUAAUGUUAAGAAGGCUGGACUGAAUGACACAUACAACGCCAACGACAACAAAGAAAACAGCAGCAACCUCAACGGCACUUUCACGAAGUCUAGUGGCCAAACCAAGGCAAGCAGUCAAGGGAACUCUGGGCGUUCAAAUAGCUAUGAAAUGACUCCUGAGAUCAAGAAACCAAAGAAGCUUGUUAAUGCCAACAACUACGACAUUGGUGACAUUAAGAGUGAUGACUCGACAGAUGAUGAGUCGGCCCCUAAGAAGAGCAUUCCACAUUGGGCUCUAGGGUCUCAGCUGAAGCUGUCUCUCAUCAACCAGGAGUACAACCCACCGGCCAUGGACGGCAUAUUCCCCCCAGAGGAGCUUCUCACCAUGCCUGAUCUCAGCCAAAUCUUCUCCAUCCAGCGCAGGAGAUUCUUCAAGCGCACGUCCUCAGCCAUUUGGAAUACCCCACCUUCAAAGCUGUUUGAAUCAUAUUGAUUUAAUAAGAAUAUUUUUAUUGAUUAGAUGUAGGGUUUUCAUCUUAGUGUCUACUUUUUGUUUUUCUCUGUGAAUGCUUGAUGUGAGUGCGAAUGAAGGCGUAGAUAUCCUGAUUUUAUUUUUAUUUACAUCUGAUUAAAUGGUGUAUAGUAUGUAUGAAUAUUAUUCUUGACAAGUCGUCUUUGUAUGUAUUUUCUUUAAAGAAAAUUAUUAGAGACUUUCUUUUUUACUCAUUUUGGGACAUUCGAAAUUAAUAUUACCAAUUGGCAAUCGGUAAUUUUCACUCAUAUUAAAACAUUUUCUUUCCAAAUACUUCUGUGUCCUCUUUCCUCCCAACCUCUCACAUGUUUCGCACAUUUAAGCAAAGGGAAAUGUUUGCCCAUUGUUGUGUUAUGUAAGGAAGAGAAGAGGGCAAGAAAAUAUCACUUCAAGACCUGUCAUUACCUGUAAAUAUGUAUUUCUUAUAGGGCCUUAAUCACAGUUAGAUUGUCAUCUUUAUUUUUUGCUCUGACCAUGAUCUGAAUGAGAAUAAGAGACUUUAAAAAGGGAGGGAUCAAUGAAAGAAUAUUGUUAAUCUUCUCUGUGCUGUAUUGGAAUAAGUUGCAUACUCCAUAUCUUUCUCCUUGUUCUUCCUGUCCCUUUUUUUCCCUCUCCUUUUCCCUUUCCUUUUUCCUCUUUCUUUCCCUCUCCUUUUCCCUUUCCGUCUCCCUCUCCCUCUCCCUUUUCAUCACCUUCCUCUUGGUAUUUAUCAUGGCAAGAAUCAUCAUCACCUUUUCAUCAUUUAGAGACAUGACCAUUAUGUGUCUGUUUUUUUCACUUAAUGGGUAGUUUUACAAGAAAUAGGUGUUCUAUUUAGAGCUUUACCAUUAUUAUUAUUUUUACUUUGAUUUAUUAAAGUGAAUUUUGAAGUUAUCCAGUCUCAGCAAAAGGAUUUUUGUAAUCUAAUAAAUAGCAUCACCUUCACACUAAAGUGUGUAGUUGCCUGUGUAAAUAAAGAAUAAUAGGUGUCAA